UAACAAAAUAUUAUUGCUAAUGUGCCUCUGUUAAUCCGUAACCGGCACUAAUCCUCUUGUUUCUCUCUCUAAGAAAAGGAAGAGAGACUCUUCUUUCUCGCUCCUCAUGAUCUGUUGGUCAAUCUAAUCAUUGAAAGCUUCAACCUUCUUCUCUGGAGACGAGCCGUGGAGUAAAUAAUGUAUUUUCACGGUUUGUCCAAGAAACGUUGUGAAUCAUAUGAAGAAAGUUCUAAGCAAAAUCAAAUCAGUAUGGUCACUCUCUUCGGGCAGCAGGUGUAUACCGCAAAAGGCUCUCAAGAUACCAUAGAUUUGAGAUUUCCCUCGAAGAUUGAAGCAUCCGACACAAAUUGGUUUGGCAAGAGAAGUGAGAAAGUGAUUAUCUCAGGUGGUUUAGGUUUGCUGGAUCUUAACCAAACCCCAGUGAGUGAACCGGUUUACGAUCAUGAUCAAUGCUUCUUUCAAGAUUUGAACUUCCCUUACACUCAAGAGAAGGAAGCGAUCAGCAAGAAGAGCGGUUUACAUGAUGUCCAUGAAAAAGACAGUACAGCGUCUCCAGCUUCAUGCUGCACUGCGGAACAAGAAGAUUCGUCUGAAGUAAUUCAAAUAGCAGCUGAAUGUUUACUCCACAUCUCAGCGGUUUCACUCAGUCAAAGUAAAGACUUUACACUCAAGCCUGGAUCAAGGCCUAACAGCUCAUCUCAAGAUCAAGAACGUUUAGAUAAACUCGAGAAAGUUAACGAAGAACCGGGUCGUUCUUGCGAUUCAUUUGAGCUUCGCACGUUAGGAAUUAGCGAAACCGUUCUUGAAGAUGUCUGUUGUGUGUCAUCAAAGAGCAAAGAUGAAGUCAUGAGUAGCGAGAAAGAGGUUGGAGUGAAGCUGAGAAGAGGGAAGAGAAUGAAGAAUUUCCAAAAGGAGAUACUCCCGGGGCUCUUAUCACUUUCUAGACACGAGAUCCGUGAAGAUAUAAACAUCUUGGAGACGGUUUUGAGAUCGAGAGAAUACAAGAAGAUGCAGGGGAAGACUAGAAACAACAAAGGUUUGACUCAAGGGUAUGUAGGUAGAAGAAGGAGAUAAACUGAAUGAUGUAAUUUGUGGUUUUGUAGACAUUGCUCUAGCUCCAUUGAUUUAGCUUUAACAUAGCGGUUUCGAGUUACAGCUUUUGAAGUUAGAGGAGAAACUAGGAACUUUUUGAGUGUUUGAUCAUCAAACCUUUUGGAAUAUAUUUGCCAAAGUCUUUGACCCGUUUCUUUAAGAGACUCGUUAAGAGGUGAUUCCAUAAAUCAGUGAUGGGCCCAAUGGGCCUGUGGAUCAUUUAGAUGAGGC